CCUGGGCGUGGUAGAAAACUUUGCAUAACCAUAGUGCGACAUAUCCCCAACCACAUUGCUCCCGUCAGAGUAUAGCCACUCAAAUCAUCUAUCAUGGUCGCACCUGAAAAUGACUGCUCCGAUACCUGCCAAGCAGCAGAUCAGUCGUUUGCAUCAGCGCCGGAUCUCGUAGAUCGCUCUUGGCGCUGGCUCUCCCACUCUCCGCACAAUCCAACACCGUCCGCUGUGCUCGUCGCAUCUCCGCCCGGGCACUAUGCUCCGCGUCCGGCUUAUCAUCAUCCGCUACUAUGGUCAAAUACAUUCCUACUCUGUCCAAAGUGUGCCCAGCUUGUCCAAGCCGCUGACACUUUAGUGCGGCAUUUUCAGAGGUUGCACCAUAUUGUUCUUGGCAACCAUCACGGGUUCAUCCGAACCCUCAACUCCCCAGAUUUUGACCUGUCAUCGACCCCCACAUAUACAUCCGAUCUUGCCAUGAUGACUGCCUUUUUGCCAUAUAUCCGUCCGCCUUUUGACCAUGCAAUAUAAUCACGCAACAGCUUGCAUCUCAACCCCGCUUUCGACAGCAUUCUUCCAUUUCUCCAUACUUUUACCGAUUAGGUAGUCCUCGGCAUUGCAGCCGGACACUGAAAGCUAGAAAGGAAAACUUUUUUAGCCAAGAAAUCUGGAGAGACACACGUGCACACUUCUCCGCGU